UUCAAAUGCAACUUAGUAAAGUGGCAAAAUUUCAGUCUUUGAUUAAAUCACUUGUGUCGUGAAUUUGUCCCUCCUUCAUUUUCAAAUGGCUGCCACUCCUCCGUCAGGCAACAUGCUGAAAACUUUUGAAGGAGUUACUCCAUUCAUAAAAAAGAUCACCUCCAGAAGGUACUACAUCGAUAAUUGGGUCUUCAAGCUGCAUUACAGGGUAACCUUUCUGAUCCUGAUAGCAUCCACUAUUCUGGUGUGUUCCAAGCAGUACAUCGGGGAACAUAUCCAUUGUAUAGCCGAUGCUGGAGUGCCAGAAAAUGUGAUGAACACUUACUGUUUUUUCACCAGUACUUUUACUUUGAUUAAAGACCUCAAUGCCAAAUUGUUGGAUAUGGGAAAUUUACCCCAUCCCGGUGUCGGAUCUUAUGGUAUUAACUCCACAGACGAGGUCAAACAUCAUGCUUACUACCAAUGGGUGCCUUUUGUACUCUUUGGCCAAGCUCUAAUGUUUUAUCUGACCCACAUGCUGUGGAAAAAACUAGAAGGUGGCAGGAUUAAGUAUCUGGUUGAUGGUUUACAGUUGGCAGCAUUCUCUUUGCAGGAGAAAAAUGUGAAAGUUCAAAACCAAACAAUACCAUCCAAACAAGAAAAAGAUGAAAAAAUCAACAUUAUAAAGAAGGCUUUCCUAGAAAGAGUGUAUAUCAGCGGUCAUUGGUCUAUGAAUCUCAUCCUGUGCGAGUUUUUGAACUUCGGAAAUGUCCUUUUACAAAUCUAUAUCACGAACAAGUUCCUGAAUGGAGAUUUCCUCAGUCUUGGUGCUGACGUCAUCAGGGUAGGUUUGGAAUCCAGUGUCGAUCCAUUAGACGAAGUUUUUCCGAAGGUGACUAAGUGCACUUUCCAUAAAUAUGGUCCUUCAGGAUCGAUCCAAUGGCAUGAUGCUAUGUGUGUGAUGGCACUCAACGUGGUCAACGACAAAAUCUACACUUUUCUUUGGUUCUGGUAUAUAUUCUUGUUGAUUUGCAGUGCUGCAGGACUAAUAUGGAGGUUUAUAACAGUCUUGCUACACGCCAAAAGCAGGUCGUUCAACAGAUUGGUUUACGCUACUACAGGACCUGGAAGAGUUAAUCCCUGGGACGUCCUUACAGUAUCCAGAUAUUGCAGCUACACUGAUUGGUUGUUCCUGAGGUACCUGUCCAAAAACCUGGACGGUUUAGUGUUCAGAGAGAUGAUCAUCGGGCUGGCUGAAGAUUUAGAAAGGACAGAUGAAGAGUUAAAUAAUUCCCUUUUGAACAAGUCAAGUGAUGAACCAAAGGCUGUACCCAACGAGUAUAAAGUAGACUGAUUAUUAGAUUUUUAAGCUUUGUUGUGAUAUAGUUUGUUAUACCGAUUGAUCGAAAAAAAAACAGUGUCCAGUUUGCUUGGAAAUGACGAUGGAUGACAUUCCCAUUUAAUUUUACAUAUAAAAAAUGACAGCGAUCUUCAUUUCAUAGCCAUCGCUGAUACCGUUUUUUUUUUCGAUCAUAUUGUAUUAUGAUGAUAAAUCAUAAUAUUGCAUUAUUAUGAUAUUUUAUUAAACAUUAAUUUUUAACUGAUACUAUUUCGAUGGAUUGUGUCUGAAAUCACUACAUAAUGGAAUAAUAUAUUUUUUACAUGAAUUCAUACUGAAUGAUAUUGUAGAAUUUUCAAAGAAAUAGUAAAAUUUGUCAAGUUCAACAACAUUUUAUUAAAAAAUGGAGCUGCAAUUAUUUUA